AUGUUUAGAACAGAAGAUGAAGAAAUUUUCCCAUGUUUUGAUGUCUUGAAGGAGUUUUUUGUGUGUCAAGGAAUGUCUGCCUCAGAAAACCAGGCUGCUGAAAUCAGCAACGAAACUGAUGACAGGAAGGGAGACCGUCCAUGGAACAUCAUACGUAUACGUUUACCACCGAGGAAGAAGUUGCCUGACGCCUCCCUCACCCUGAGCAAGAAAGUACCUCGGAUUAACAAAACCGGAAGUAAGGAAGUACCUGAAAUGAGUAUUGACAGCCCAGGCAAGAAUCUGACAACUGCUCCAGUACUGGGUGAGGCAAGCAGCCAUUCCCCAAGAAUGGGACUGUGUAAUGAGGGCAGUAGCAACACCCUGAGCAAGACAAUGUCUGCUAAACCUGAGAGUGAUACCUCAGGCCACAAACAACCAGAUGAGGCAACUUACAGCGCCCUGAGCAAGAACCUAAGAGUCGAUGAUGAAGAGCAAGGAAGUGAUGCAAACUGUUAUGCGGCUAAACAGGGACCGUAUGAAGAGGCCAACAACAAUAUCUUGAGCAUGAUACUUCCUCUACCAGGCAAGAAUCUGAUUACUGCUCCAGUACAGGGUGAGGCAAGCAGCCACUCCCCAAGAAUGGGACUGUGUAAUGAGGGCAGUAGCAACACCCUGAGCAAGACACUGUCUGCUGAAUCUGAGAGCGAUACCUCAGGCCACAAACACCUGGAUGAGGCAACUUACAGCGCCCUGAGCAAGAACCUAAGAGUCGAUGAUGAAGAGCAAGCAAGCGAUGCAAACUGUUAUGCUGCUAAACAGGGACCGUGUGAAGAGGCCAACAACAAUAUCUUGAGCAUGAUACUUCCUCUACCAGUUCAGGAAGUACCUGAAGGUCAUAUAGACAACAGCCCAAGCAAGAAUGAUAUAGCCCCUGGAAUGCAGGGUGAUGAGGAACAUAACAACUCCCCAAGAAGGAAACUGUGCUGUGAUACUAACAACAAAGAAGAAGAUGAAGAGGGUAACAACGGAAGCUGGAACCUGACAACCACCGCUGCGAAGUAUGAGGAUGUGGUUGAAGAAGCUCACCACCCCAUUCCCACCAAAGAAAACAAUGCCCCAAGCAAUCCACCAACUGAUCCAGCCAAACAAAUUUCCCCAGUCAAGAGGCUGCCUACCUCUUCAGUACAGGCUACUGGUACUAGCCGCAGCCGGAACACCCCUGAAAUGAAGCUUUCUGCUUCUGUUUGCCAGGCUGUGGAGCAAAGUACCAAUGCUGCAAACACAGAGGUCACAACGGAGUAUCAAGAGUUUGAGGAGAAGAUCAAGCGAACUGUAUUUCUUGUCAAUCUUGACAACCUGUCUCACCAAGCUACAGAGGUUAAGAGCAACCCAAGCAGGACCCUGUCAACCACUGCUAUAGAGCGGGAGAUGUUUGAAAAUGCUAACCACACCAUUCCUAGCAAGAAGCUUUCUGAUGUGGCUAGAAACCAGGCCCUGAUCGAUAGAUCAACUGACCCAGCUAAGAAAAGAACCCCACGCAAGAAGCCACACACCUCUGCAUUACAUGCUACUGAUACCAGCCAGAAUACAUUUGGAAUGAAGCUUCCCAUUUCUGAUGGCCAGGCUGUUAAUCAAAGUAAGAGUGCUGCAGAUUUGGAUUCCGUCAAACAGUAUCCUGAGGACAACAAACUGAUUACUGACAAGCCAGGCAAGAAUUUGAUAACCACUCCAGCACAUGGUGAGGCAAGCAGCCACUCCCCAAGAGUGGGACACUGUAAUGGGGCCAAUAGCAACACCCUUAGCAAGACAUGGUCCGCUGAGUCUGAGAGCGAUACCUCAGGCAACAAACUACUGGAUGAGGCAAAUGAUAACACCCUGAGCAUGAACCUGAGAGUCGCUGCUGAAGAGCAAGGAAGUGAUCCAAGCAGUUACGCUGCUAAACAUGGAUUGUGUGAAGAGGUGAACAACAUCUCGAGCAUGAUGCUUCGUCUUCAACUUCAGGAAUUGCCUAGAGAUCAUAUCAACAACAGCCCAAGCAAGAGCCUUACAACGACUAGAAAGCAGGGUGAGGAGGAACAUAGCAACUCCCCACGAAAGAAACUGCUCUACAAUACUGACAGUAAAGUAGCAGAUGAAGAGGGUAACAACCCAAGAUGGAAUCAAACAAUCACCGCUGUGAAGUCUCAGGAGGUGUUUGAAGAAGAUAAUCAUCCCAUUCCGAGCAAGAUGCUGUCUGGUGAGGCUAAAAACAAUGGCCCAAGCAAUAGACCAACUUAUCGAGCUAACAAAAAUGCCCCACACAAGAGUUUGUGUACCGCUUCAGUACAAGCUAGAGCUACUGGUACCAGCGGGAAGACCCCUGGAAUGAAGCUUUCUGCUUCUGUUGACCAGGCUGUGGAGCAAAGUACCAGUGCUGCAAACAUGGAGGUCAUAGAGGAGCAUCAAGAGUUGGAGGAGAAGAUCAAGGAAAUUGUAUAUCUUGACAACCCCUCUCACAAGGCUACAGAGGCUAAGAGCAACCCAAGCAGGACCCUGUCAACCACUGCUAUAAAGUGUGAUGUGUUUGAACAUGCUAACCACACCAUUCCCACCAAGAAGCUGUCUGAUGUGGUUAGAAACAAGGCCCCAAGCAAAAGACCAACCGAUCCAGCUAAGAAAAUCACCCCACGCAAGAAGCCGCGCACCUCUGCAGUGCAGGCUACCGGCACCAGCCAGAAUACAUCUGGAAUGAAGCUUUCCACUUCUGAUGGCCAGGCUGCUAAUCAAAGUAAGAGUGCUGAAGAGUUGGAAACCAUAAAACAGUAUCAGGAGUUCGAGGAGAAGGUCAAACGAACUGUUUACCUUGACAACCUAUCUCACCAGGCUACAGAGGCAGUCAUAAAAACAGCUUUGGGUCAAUUUUGUAGUAUCAGAAAGGUCAGUUUUGUUGUGAACUACACCAUUCCCUACAAUAUUCCUCAAUCUGCAUUAGUAGAGAUGGAAACUGAGAAGGAUGCUGAAGUUGUGGUCAGUAUGCUGCAAGACUUCCCUUUUAUGAUCUCUGGAAUUCCAAGGCCUGUUAGGGCGAAGCAUGCUACGCCUGAGAUGUUCAAUGAUCGCCCCCGGAGACCUGGGAGUAAAUUAAAAUUUCGCUGGGUGGGCCACAGAGAUCCUGAUUAUGAGAUUCUAAAAAAAUCGAAGAUACUCUCCAGGAGACAUGAGGUGGAGAACUUUGCACUAAUUGAGCAUGAACUAGACGAGGAGAAAUCGCUAGCAGCGCAGCAGCAGGAGAAUCUGAACUGCAAUCGCAAGAUGUUGGAGACCAUGGACAGCGUCAUUCUGUCUGGCAUGACAAACUACAUUUCUAAAAUUUAUAGUGUCAAUUGGAACGAUGUGUUCUGA